AAAGAACCCAUUGAAAGUGAAUCUGGGGCCAGGCAAGAUGCCUCGCUUAAAUGGCGAGUGAUUCCCACUCCAUAUAUUAACGAAACUGCCCCGAUCGGCCUGUUUCAAUGAUCGAGAAUUGAAAGUCUGUUACGGGUUUGACACUCAUCUGCGUGCUUGGGAUUUCAGUUAAGUUUAAGAGCUGUAGUUCUAAUUUAACAUCUUAAAAUAUCCAUAUUUCUACUAAUUUCUCGAAAAAACCUUUCCGAAAUAGAUAAAAAAAUUAGAGGUAUUAGAGAUUGUUUUGGCUCCAAACUUUGUCGCCUAGUGUUCAUUAUUUAUGCUCGAGUGUGGGCCACACUUCAGAGCUGUCCAAAUGAGUGCUUGUAAAAAUUAGAUUGGCCCAAGUCGAGUUCCGAAUCUCACAGCCAACUGAAUGGCUAUAUAAGCCAUGAGUUACCAUUAUAAGCCUGCAUUGUUUCUAGAAGAUGUGGCCCAUUUGGCUGCUGGUGCUCUUAUCGCUAUCACUGGCCACUGGCCGCCAGGUGGGCAGAUGCAGUUUGGCUCGGCAGCUCUAUCGGUAUGGAAUGGCCUACAACGAGCUGCCCGACUGGCUGUGCCUCGUGGAGGGCGAGAGCUCCUUCAACACGAAAGCCAUUAAUCCCUCAAACGUCGAUGGAUCCGUGGACUGGGGUCUCUUCCAGAUCAACGAUCGCUACUGGUGCAAGCCGGCGGAUGGGCGUCCCUCCAACGAUCUCUGUCGCUUGCCCUGCCGCCUGCUGUUAAGCGACGAUAUCCGGUAUUCCAUUGCCUGUGCGAAGUACAUCAGGAAACAGCAAGGAUUCUCCGCCUGGGUGGCUUGGAACAAUCGAUGUCAGGGUGUUAAGCCCAAUGUGAAUCACUGCUUCCGGCGGCGCCACAGAAAUUCGGGUUGAGCAUCGGUAAUUAGGAGAUUCUAAAUAAAUUUGGUUGCUUAGCUUUUAAGUUGAUCCAAUAAAGGAACUUAAAAAGGAAGAUUUAUAAAUCAGUUAAGGAAAUAGACGAACAAUCAUUUUUUAAACAAAGUUGAAGUGUAUGCAAGUUUAAGAACCUAAACCUGAUGUCUGGUUAAAUGUAAAAUAAUAUAAUUUAAUAUUAAACAUUUAUGUUUUUAGGUAUGAGCAUUAACAUAGGGAUCAAAUGUAGUGCGAUAUAUGAUUUAUUAAACAAAAAUAGAAGAAACCAGCCUAGUUUCCAUUUAAAAGGUACCCUCAAAUUGUAUUCAAAACUAACCGCCAAGUUUUUUACCUGGUAAUUGUAAAAUUAAAUGUAAGUCGACAUGUAGACAGCAUGUCCAAAGAGAUGUAGCUAAACACAUAUCGAUCGAUUUUGGAAUUUCAGCUCGGAACCAGUUCGAUUAGCAGAGCUAGUUGCUCCCCUACCUGGGUCAAAUCGAUAGGCAGGCGACUGGUAGUUGUCGCUGCGCUUUAUCGCUUAGGGGAAACAGCUGUGGGAAAAGCGCGCUUGGCCAAAAGCAAAGUAGCGGUUGAAUUUUUUGGUUCUCGACCAACGAGCGCGCGGAUGUGUGCAGAUUGACGGCAAAGGAAGGAGAUCAUUUCCAGCUAAACAACCAACGCAAAAGGAAACAGAAGCCGGAACAGGAACCGACCAAAAAGUAAACGCAUUAGAUUGCAAUUCGUGCUGAAA